AUUCGCGUCGACUCCGUCAAGCACAGUAACCCAAUCUGCUCGUAGGACCGCUCACCCAUGGAUGACGACGUCGUUUCUAUUCACUCAUCCCAUGAGUCCGGCAUGGAGGAAGUCGACAGAAGAGCUAUUCUCGAGCCUGUCGUCCAACGAGUCGUCGAUGCACUUGGUGGUUACGAAGGUGGCGCCUACCGUAUGGGUGAUGAAGUUAGCGGUUGUCUCCGAGAUUUGAAAAAGCUCUGGCGGAAGGACGACACAGAUGACGAGCGUACGGUGGCGCGCAUAUUUUGGGAGACUCGGGUCCUCCCAAACGACCUCGUACCGAUAUUGUUGGCGACUGCAGGCAAGGGACUCGUGGAAGACAAGCGGGCCAUCGCAUGUGCAGACUUAAUGACCGCCAUGACCUGGCCAAUUGAUAUGGCGGAAGAGCUGCAGGAGCUGGAUGAGGAGCUUGAUAAAGGGACGGACUAUACCCAACUAAUGUUCAGCCAUCUCAAUUACAAGGCUGCGCUUCUGACGCCAGGUGUCAUGCAAGCCCUCUUCGGGAUUGUUCUCCCGCCAAUCUCAAAGCCCGCAAAGGAAAGGAAGGAGCGCGACGGACAGAUAGUGAAUCUGAUUCUACAUCUCAUCCGGAACUUGAUAUUUAUCAAGGACCUCCCUGCAAACACACACCUGAGCGCGGACCAGGCGGAGUAUUCGAGUUUGCAGACUAGACUUGUGAAAGCACUCUCGGAAACACACACACUGGACUUGCUUCUGACCAUUGCUGCCAAUACAUCCAACGAUUCUCUUUUCAAUGCAUCAAGUACUCUUGUACUCGAGAUAUUCUACCUGUUAUUUCGCGGCGUAAAACCUCAUCUACUGGCUAUAGACCAAUCGAAAGUGGAGUCCCUUCUUAUUUUUCUUUGUUGCAUCCUAACGUCACUUCAGCAACCAGCGCAAAACCUUCAUCGGCUGCUUGCUGCAGAGGACAAGAAAAAGAAAGACUUGGCAAGGAAUGCAUCUUCACGGCACUCCCGUUUUGGGACAACUAUUUCCGUCCAGCUUAAGCCGAGCAAGAAAUCAGUGGCUCCAAAUGCAGACAUCGAAGGUCCCAACGAUCCAGCCUCUGGUUCCAGACCGCUCGUCCUCCAUCGCCAAGCAGCUAUCACACGAGAAAGCCAAGAUAGUCCUUCAGGGUUUUGCCCGCGAAUUUCGUUCCUCCGCUUCCUGCUCAAAGACAUCAAAUCCGAACGCCCGAAGAUCAAAGAAAAGGAUCAUCUUCGGUUGCUCUACGUCACGAAGUGGUUCCUUGAAUUUUUUCUUACAUCCCGCUCCAACGAAAAAGCCGUCGAAGAACAGCGAAAAUGGAACCUCGGGCUAGUCGCGGAAGUUACCGACCGCGGGUGGAUCAUUUGGGUCCUGAAGCGGAUGAGACAAGCCAUGGAUGAAAAGCCGAAGAUGUGGAACGAGCUGCAAGCGGGAAUAGAAUGCCUUACCCAGCUCCUUCUCCUGAUCGACAUCAUGUCUUCGUCGGUAAUCUCCGACCCUCAGCUCAAUGAGGCUGCAGCUAUUUUACAACAACAGUUGAUUUAUAAUGGCGAAGUUCUUGAUAUCUCACUCGAAAGCCUUCGAUCUUACAAGGAAGGGACGCAAUCACUAGCUUAUUUAAAUGCCAGCGUGCACCUUGCUUACGCUCUGCUACGGAUGUUGGAACGGUGGGGGAAAGAGAAUACCGGGGCGGUGUACGUCAGGAAAAAGAAGCCGGGUAAGAGGAAGAAGGCCACGGGCCAACGACUAGCUGAUGAAGAUGGUGUGCCUGACGUCGAGAACGAACCUGAUGGGGAUAGUGAGGAGGACGUCGUCCACGAGACAAUGUUCACCUUUGAUGCCUUUGAAAUGAAAUUUGCGAAUUCGGAGAUAACCAAGACCCUUCUGACAUAUCUUUCGCGCUACAGAGACUUCGAUUCCCCUGAGUUCAUGAAGAGGGCAGUGAACUUGAUCCACCGGCAAGUCGUCAAAGCUAAGGCAGAAGGGCUGUAUUUCAAUGUUUCGACACUCAAUCUUUUCAAAAUAAUUCUCGAUGAUCAAAAGUCAUUGCCGAAAGAUCAGUCAUCCAAGGACCUUGUAAAAUUGGUCAAUUUCAUUCUACACAAGUUCUUCAAGGCAUUGGAAGGAGAGCCAUUCCUCGCGGUGGAGGCAUUCUUCCCCAAGAACCGCGGACACUGGAAACUGUACUCGAGCUGGGAACCGGAACAAAAAGGCCGCCAUGAACGCGAGACAGUAGAAGAUACCAGAUUCCCUCCCGAGGUGCAAGUCAAGAAGGGUUACUCUUGGAGCGAGCAAAUCGGAAUUGCAAUAGCGGCCCUAGUGGACGAUGGGAAGACGGAACUUGUAGAAUGGGUCAAAGACAUCCUGGUGCUAGUCAUUCGUCAGCGCGAUAAGAUCAUCGAGGAGACGGAUAAUAAGCUCAAAGACGAUGACACUGACCUGGACGACGAUGAACAGAAGAAACUAACUCCCUCUGCAGAGGCAAUCUCCAAAUUUAUUGAUUACUUGAUCCCAUACAUCAGUGAUGAACAUGCAGAAGCCGCAACGAAGAAUUCGAUAUUGAAGCUCAUGUUUCGCCUGUUAAAGUUCACUAUUUAUGACGAUGAUGGCGACGAAUUGCAGUGGACCGUUCCAGCAGCAAUUCUUCCUUCUGACCUACAGAGCAGCCUCAAUGUCAUUGAUCAAUUCCUCCAGCAUCCCAUUGACCUUGACGGCAAGAAGGCUUCACAGCUCUUGAGCAAGAAACCCCGUCGGCAACGAAGACGUCGAUCACUCUCUAACUCUGACGUCGAGCUUGUUGACGAUGACGAGCCCAAGCGCAAGAGACGGGAGAAGAAAAAGAAGGAAGAAACGCAAUACAAGUCAGCACAGUUCAUUGAGGACAGCGAUGCAGAGUACGGUGAUAUGGAGGCCUUCCUCGAAAGGGAAAAGGCACUAAGAGAUAAAGCUGUCAUGGCAGCAGCGCAAAGUGGCAAGAUCGGAACCAUGCGAGCGACAGGAACUAAAAAACGGCGGAGAAAAGGUAAAGAUGUUGAAGCUAAGAAGAAGGGUAAGGUGGGGAACCCCGAGAAUCAAUCGGCAGGAGAGUCCAGUGCCGAUGAAAAUGUCUCAGACGGUGAAGAUGAUAUCCUCGGAACCAUGCGGAGAAGUCGUUCCAGUACACCAGAAUCUCAACCCGCACCUAGGGCGCGCCCGAGACCCCGGCCGGUCCCAAAGCGUUCUGCAAAGCAAGCAAUGUCAACGGAUGCCGAGAGCGAAGGCGAUGCAGGGAUGGACACAGCGGGCGUUUGACGUACCGGGGCGGGGCGGUUGGUCCUUUCCGAGGAUGAUGAACUGUAACAAUCCAUCCGUUAUGCAUGUCGUCAUCCCGUUUAAUGUAGUACUGAUUUAUAUUCAUGUUUUGAAGUGUUACACAGACACUAUUAAAUGCGUCCUAAAAGCUCGAG